CUUAAGCACUCACUUUAACUCUUCUUAUCCCAAUUUCUUUGAACUCUAAAAGUCUUCUCUUCCAAAAUCAACGAGAUCGAAAAACAAUGUCAAUAUCAAGUUCAAAUCUUCCGAAGGACAUCGCCGAAGAGAUCUUAUUAAGGUCGCCGGUGAAAUCUCUCCUAAGAUUUAAAUCCGUCUGUAAGUCAUUGUAUUCCCUAAUUAGCAGCCUUAAUUUUGUUAAUAAACACAUGAAUCAUAAUAUCCAGGAAAACAACAUUAUUCUUAUUUAUCCUGAUUAUCCGAUGAAUAUGAGGACAACCCAAUUCAUUUCAUUAAAAUUAUCACUAUUGUUUCCAUCUACUGAAUGUCGAUAUGGGAAGGUUAGUCCUGAAUUUAACGAUCACUCAUUUAUAUAUUCGGGAUGGAGAAUUGAUUCUUUAUGUGGUUCUUAUGAUGGAUUAUUAUGCAUAUGUUAUGUUAGAACUGAUGUCGAUUGUAACAAAGAUGAACAGAUUGUUGUUUUGAAUCCAUCGACUACCGAAUUUAAGGAAAUACGCGUUCCAACGAAACUAACCGGGAAGGGGAAUAUAAAGUUGAGGAGUUUAUUUUGGUUUGGGUAUGAUUACAAGAUUUCUGAUUACAAGUUGGUUAGAGUUGUGGGCGUAGACAGUCGCGGUACGGAGAAUUUUGAGGUUGAGGUCUAUACGUUGGGAUUAGAUUCAUGGAGAAAGAUUGAACAUGUAUCUUACAAAUUUGUAAAACAUCAACCUGGGGUGUUUGUUAAUGGUGCUCUUCAUUGGUUUGUCGUUUCCAAUGUGAAACGAGUGAAAGUUCUAGUCUCUUUUGAUAUUUCUAACGAGAGGUUUGUAGAAUUGCCACUGCCUAAAGAGCGUUUGACAUAUCCAGAAGAACCUUUGGAAGAUGUAAAGUAUCAGAAAACGGUGGGGGAGCUGGGAGGGUUCAUUUGUUUGCUUUUUCAUGUUUUUGGUGUUCGGGUCGAUGUGUGGAUUAUGCAAGAGUAUGGAGUGAGGGAAUCAUGGACUAAAUAAAAGCUUCACGAUUAACGGAGAGACUAUUGCCAGAGCAUUCUAUUUAAGUCUCAAAUGGAGCUUUCUGAACAAUGAGAUUUUAUUGCAGUGUGAUGACAAGUUAAUCUUAUAUGACCCAAAGAACGGAAGACAUAGGAAACUUGCAGUUUGUCAAAUCGAUACAUGUACGGAUGCAGUUAAGUAUGUACCCAGUCUUGUUUCACUCAACUCUGGUAAAUAUUUAGUGCACCAGAGAAAUAAGGGGAAACAAUGGAAAGCGUAAAUAAACUGGAAGAGGCAUGUUUUGUUAUGCUUCUUUUUACUUCCUAUGUUUAUUGGUAGAGUUUUAGUAGACCUUGUACGUUAAAACUUUUUCCCCAUGUAAUCUAUGGGCAUGUCUUGGGCAGACAUUGUGUGAACUUCAUGGAACAUUCUUAUUCCUUGCUGUCACUAUCUUGGAAGUUCGAUGUGCGAGAUUUGACUUAUCGUCUGGCAUUGAAAGUUAGUUAUAUGAAUGUGUAUGUGUAAUUCUUUAUAGCAGUGUCCUCCAAGUGUGUACUACUACAAUGAAGAUUCUAUGGAGGAUCGUAUACUCGCUUCGCUUCUCGAAAAUAGUUAUUAUCAUUUUUUUCAUUUGGCCUA